UUUAAAGUCCACCUCUGGGAAACACACAGAUUGAGCGUUCCAGGUAAUCCCUUUUCCAGUCCUGCCUGGCAUCUGGACUUCCCGGGACACUGGCUGGGGGAGUUUGAGGGGGGACCUCAGCACCCACCUGGCUACAGGAUGACGCCGGCCGUCGGCUUCUUGAUCUUGUGGCUCAGCCUGGCUGGUGGCCUGGCGCAGAGCGACACCAGCCCUGACGCAGAGGAGUCCUAUUCAGACUGGGGCCUUCGGCACAUCCGGGGCAGCUUCGAAUCUGUCAACAGCUACUUCGAUUCCUUUCUGGAGCUGCUGGGAGGGAAAAAUGGCGUCUGUCAGUACAGGUGCCGAUACGGAAAGACACCAAUGCCCAGACCUGGCUACAAGCCUCAGGAGCCCAAUGGCUGCAGCUCCUAUUUCCUGGGUCUCAAGGUACCAGAAAGAAUGGACUUGGGCAUUCCAGCAAUGACCAAGUGCUGCAACCAGCUGGAUGUCUGUUACGACACUUGUGGUGCCAACAAGUAUCGUUGUGAUGCAAAAUUCCGAUGGUGUCUCCACUCUAUCUGCUCUGACCUUAAACGGAGUUUGGGCUUUGUCUCCAAUGUGGAAGUAGCCUGUGAUUCCCUGGCUGAUACUGUGUUCAACACUGUAUGGACUUUGGGCUGCCGGCCCUUUAUGAACAGUCAGCGGGCAGCUUGCAUCUGUGCAGAAGAGGAGAAAGAAGAGUUGUGAGGAAGAGGCGAUUCCUUCCCUGUUUUGAGUGACACCACUCAAGGCUGUCAGCCUGGGAGACGGUAGUAUGGUGGAUGUACCUCAUCCUUUUCCCCAAAAGUUUGGAUACCACAGAGCACAGAAAAGAACACUAUUUUCCAGCUGAAAGUGAGUCUUGACCUUUGAAAAGGAGGAUUGGAAAAAAGACACAGAGUGAUUUGAAAACUACUCUUCACUUUAACACCAAUCUCCCCAACCAAGACAUAUUUGCCUGGAAAUUCAGUGCUUACUUUGAAGACUAAAAUAAAGACUAAAAUACUGGAA